UCCCCAGUGACGAGGAGAUAAGACCACUCAUUAGGGGCAAGGUCUAUGCCAAGCUCCUGGCAGACACACAGAUAUAAAGCCAGGUGCCCUCAACAGGCAAUCAGUUCUCCUUCCAGUGAUACAUUGGUUGUUGACGGCUGCUUUCAGUGGUGCCCUUAGUGAAAAGACUCCUGAGGACUGCAACCCACCCCUGAGGAAUCUUCUUUCUUCAUUCCUUCCCCCAGAGCCAGACUCAGCAGUCACAAUGGCAUCAUCCAAUCCCCUGGAGUGUGACAUUUGCUGUAAUGUGUUCAGUGAAGAUCACUGCCCGAGAAUUCUGCGGUGCAUGCACUCAUUAUGCGGUCCGUGCAUCGAUGAUCUCAUCGAGACCCACAAGAAAGAAUGUCCUGUCUGCAGGACAUCCUUCACGGCCGCUUCAUCGGAGGACGUGAUGAUUAACAGAGGCCUCCUUGAUGCUGCAAAAGCAAACUUUCAUCCAUGCAUCUAGCAUCAGUGACUUUGUCCAGAGCUCCAAAGAAGCCCUUUUUAAAGACUACUCAGGAUUCUAGGCUAAAUGUUAUCCAAAAAGGAAUCACUGUUUACAAGGAAACGGCAGCUGAAGUUAAUGACCGCAUUGAAAGCAACAACAAGAUGGUAGGAGGACUGGAAGGGUUUGUGCAAACGCUGGACGAGAUGAAGCUUUCCACUACAGAGACGUUGAGCAAUAUUGCCCGAGAUAACAAACUGCUGUCGGACAAGAUGGAUAUGAUGAAAGGAAAGCUGCAACCAAUGAAAGACUUAGAAGACAAACUGGAAGCAGCAACUGACUUUGCUUCUGCCACAGGUCCCAUGGAUGAGGCCCAAAAACUACUCCAGGAAGUUGAUGACGGAGCCAAUGAAAUUAAGCGACUUCUUCAGGAGAAUAAAGACAACAUGAAGCAGGACACUCUAAGGAUCGAAGGGACCUUUACAGAGGCCAUGAAGGACCUGGGAAGAAUGAUUGAGGAAUUAGAGGGAGUCUCUGUUGUGAACAUUACGGUGACUGACCUCCAAAGUCCUCACGGUCGCCUUAGAGGGGAUGCCCAGAGAGAGAUCUUUGCUGUGAUGACCUUCAAAGGGAAACUCAGGCUGGCUCCAGUUAAGAUAGAGUCCAACAACCAAGUCUCCUUCACUCAUCUGGGAAGAAGGCGUUCUCAUACCAAGAUGCUUUGUCAUAAAGCUGGAGUCCUUGAUGCCAUGGUGGGGUCUCCUUCCCCUCCUCUUUCUCCUCCCUUCCAAGGGGGUUCCUGGAUCUGGCAUAUGGACCCACCCCGCUCGGGAGGGUCAUCAUCAGGGUCACUGUCAACGGCUUGAA